AGAUGGAGGACGGCCGAAAGCAACGAUCGGAGGUGAAGAUAGAGAAGUGCAAGUUCCUGGACGAGUCCAAGUGUGCCGGCAGCUGCAUUCACACAUGCAAGAUGCCCACUCAGGCGUUUAUGUUUCAGGACAUGGGCGUGCCGCUGCUCAUGGAGCCCAACUUCGAGGACUUCAGCUGCGAGUUCAAAUUUGGCGUGCGUGCCCCCCCUCGAGACACCGAUCCUGUGCUGCUCACUCCCUGCCUUGCCACCUGCCCCAUUCGCUUCCCAUCUCGCUCCUCCUCCUCUCUCUCUCCUUCUCCCUCCACCUCCUCUCCACUCGUGGACCCUCAGGCUCCACCAUGCACCUAG